AUGGAUCACCUGACUGCGCUCUUCCAGGAGAUGUGGCGUCAAGGUGAAGUCCCGCAAGAUUUCAAGGACGCAACUAUCGUGCACCUAUACAAGCGCAAAGGGAAUCGCCAAGUCUGCGACAAUCACCGCGGCAUCUCCUUGCUGAACAUCGCCAGGAAGAUCGUCGCUCGCAUCCUGCUCAACCGCCUCAACAACCAUCUGAAACAGGGCCUUCUGCCGGAAAGCCAAUGCGGCUUCCGUCGUCAUCGUGGGACCACGGAUAUGAUCUUUGCAGCCCGCCAACUUCAGGAGAAGUGCCAGGAGAUGCGGACCCACCUGUACUCUACCUUCGUGGACCUGACGAAAGCCUUCGACACGGUGAAUCGUGAAGGACUGUGGAAGAUCAUGCAGAAAUUCGGCUGUCCGGAGCGAUUCACUCAGAUGGUGCGUCAGCUGCACGACGGUAUAAUGGCGAGAGUCACGGACAACAGAGCUGUCUCAGAGGCAUUCGCAGUGACCAAUGGAGUGAAGCAAGGCUGCGUACUGGCGCCUACCCUCUUCAGUCUUAUGUUAUCUGCCAUGCUGAUGGACGCCUACCGCGACGAACGCCCUGGAAUCCGCAUCGCCUAUAGAACGGACGGUCAUCUCCUGAAUCGCCGGCGCAUGAACUUCCAAUCGCGUGUAUCCACAGCCACCGUGCACGAACUCCUCUUCGCCGACGACUGCGCCCUGAACACCACCUCAGAAGCAGAGGUGCAACGGAGCAUGGACCUAUUCUCCGCCGCCUGCGAGAACUUUGGGCUGGUUAUUAACACGCAGAAGACGGUGGUGAUGCAUCAGCCGCCUCCCAGCUCAGCCACAGCCCCCAACGCGCCGCAAAUCAACGUCAAUGGGACUCAACUACAAGUGGUAGAGAACUUCCCGUACCUGGGCAGCACGCUCUCCCGCAACACCAAAAUCGACGACGAAGUCGCCAACAGGAUCUCGAAAGCCAGUCAAGCCUUCGGUCGCCUCCAAAGCACAGUUUGGAAUCGUCACGGUCUCCAACUGAGCACAAAGCUGAAGAUGUACAAGGCCGUCAUCCUGCCGACGCUACUGUACGGAGCGGAGACCUGGACAGUGUACACGAGGCAGGCACGUCGACUAAACCACUUCCACCUCAGCUGUCUCCGCCGCAUCCUGAGGCUGAACUGGCAGGACCGCAUCCCCGACACCGAAGUGCUGGAACGGACGGGAAUUCUGAGCGUCUACUCCAUGUUGAGACAAAUGCAGCUGCGCUGGAGCGGCCAUCUGGUGCGCAUGGACGACGAGCGACUACCCAAACGACUCUUCUACGGAGACGUUGAGACGGGUUCUCGUCGUCAAGGAGGCCAAAUUCGCCGUUACAAAGAUACUCUGAAGUCCUCCCUGAAGCGCCUGCACAUCAACCCGACCAACUGGGAAGAGCUCGCCCGCGAUCGUCCGACAUGGAGGAGAACAGUGAAGACGGGCGCUGCCAUCUACGAAGCCAACCGCAACGCCGCCGCCAAAGUGAAACGUGAAGUCCGCAAAUCACAACUUCGCCCAAUACGCAACGCUGCCGCACAACCUCUCCCUACGUGUCCUCGAUGUCAACGGACAUUCCGGGCACGAAUCGGACUUGUUGGCCAUCUUCAAACCAACUGCACCUCUCGAACUGCUCCAGCCAUCGUCCCCGCGCACGCCUCUUCCUCGUCCUCUCUUCCGCCAACUAACUCUGACACUCCUUCUGCACCACCACUUCCAUCCUCCUCCUUCUCCUCCACUGCCCCAGCGGUGGCCGUUCAGGCUGCCGUCUCACACAUCGCCAACCACGACACAGCAACCGCAACCACCCCCACCUGCCCUCACUGCGACCGCACCUUCACCUCACACAACGGCCUGGUCGGUCACUUGCGAAUCCAUCGCACAGAGACUGGUGAACCAGUGCCUGGAGCACCAACCUACACCCACCGCACUCGCCUCCACUGCCCACACUGCCCUCGCACCUUCACGCAUCGCAUGGGUCUAUUCGGCCACAUGCGCAUCGACAACGACCUGCGAUAG